CUACAGGGACCACCACUGGCAGAGGAGAUUGGACCUCAGGAAAUUGCUUUCUUCUUUCAUUCCAAUGUAAACUGAGUUCAUCAUCAUCAAUAGAAGACCAAGACCAUUUUGUUUUUGACUUCUUGGUGCAUUUUGUUGAGUUAUAUCCACACAUUUCCGAACAAUUUGCCCACAAGUGUGAAGGGUGGCGCCUCCUUGGAAUCAAGGAGGUGAUAAUUCUUUGCUCCAUUGGUAAUUCUCUAUGAAGUUCAUUUCAAUGAAGAGCUGUAGAAAUUAACAGAAUGGACUGUCAUAAGUUGUUUCUUCAAUCUCUUAUUCUAAUCCUCCAUUUUACAUUUUCUUCCUCCAGAGACACCAUAACCAUAAACCAAACCAUUCAAGAUGGCAGCCUUCUAAUCUCCAGAGAAAAGAAUUUUGCUUUAGGAUUUUUUAGCCCUGGAAGUUCCAGGCAUAGAUAUCUUGGAAUCCGGUACCACAAAGACCGAGGGCAAACUGUGGUUUGGGUAGCCAAUAGGAACCAUCCAAUCAACGGCUCUUCAGGAGUUCUCUCCAUUAAUCAAUAUGGAAAUCUCAUUCUCUAUAGCAAUCAUAGCCAGACAAUUCCUGUAUGGUCUACUAAUGUCUCAGUGGAAGUGACAGAGACAGACACUUGUGUAGCUCAGCUCCUGGAUUCUGGAAACUUGAUUUUGGUCCAAGAAAUGAGUAAAAGAGUUGUGUGGGAAAGCUUUGAUCAUCCUACGGAUACUCACCUACCAGGAAUGAAACUUGGGCUGAAUCCAAAAACAGGUAUUCACCAAUUCUUAACAUCAUGGAGAUCAGCUGAUGACCCUGGAACUGGAGACUACUCGCUUCAGGUCAAUCCAAAAGGGUCACCACAAGUCAUUCUUUACAGGGGUACAAAACGGUAUUGGAGAAGUCCCCCAUGGCCAAUAAAGAAUUAUGAAGAUAUGCUAAACUUAAGUUUUGUUAACAACCAAGAUGAGAUAUCCAUUUCCUUCUCUCUCGUUGAUGCUUCUGUUGUACUGCGAACAGUGUUGGAUUAUUCAGGAUUGCUUAUGCGCCAAACCUGGCACGAAAGAGAAGGCAAAUGGAAAGAAUUCUGGUCAGCACCAGAUUAUCAGUGCGGAUCAUAUGGACAAUGUGGUGCUUACAGUAAGUGUGAUCCUGUGUAUGUUAAUCAUAAAUUUGAAUGUGAUUGUUUGCCUGGGUAUAAACCCAAGUUCCUGAGGGACUGGAAUACUUUAAAGGAUGGAUCAGGUGGGUGUGUCAGGAAGCGGCAGGAAUCAAUGUGUAUGCGUGGAGAAGGCUUUGUGAAAGUGGCAGGUGUUAGGAUUCCUGAUACUUCAGAAGCAGUUUGGUUGGGCUUGAACAUGAGUCCUGUUGAUUGCGAACUGGUAUGCAGGAGGAAUUGCUCUUGCUCUGCGUAUGCACGCCUAGCCAUUACUGGGAAAGGUACUGGUUGCUUGGCAUGGUAUGGAGAAUUAAUGGACACUGUUAUUAGUAUGGAUGAGGGAUUUGAUAUUCAUGUUCGUGUUGAUGCACACGAAUUAGGUAAUGUGUUCUUGCUCUUCACUAAUUUUGCUCAAAACCAAUUUGUAUCUUCAGGUGAAAAAAACCUUCCUGGAAUUUUCUGCACUGGUUAUGCUUAUGUUCUAUCACUAUGCUUUGCCUUUUUAACUUUUUGGUUUUUCAAAUUUCCCACUAUCACAGCCGAAAUUGCAGAGAAAUCAAAUGGUUUUCUGGAGAGGAAGGAUAAUCUGGCUAUUUUAAUAGUAUCUGUUGUUUCAGCCUGGUUUAUAAUCAUCUUAUUUGCAUGUUUGUGGUUCAAGAAGAAAGGAAAAAGAGUGAGGAAAAAAUGGAAAGAAAGAUUGCUUGAUACGAUCGAUGGAAAAUACUACAAGGAUAUCUUGGUGGCAAAUGAAGUUGGAGGUCAUCCAGAGGUCGUAUUUUUCAAUCUCAGCACAAUACUUGCUGCGACCAACAGUUUUUCUCCAGCUAAAAUACUAGGACAAGGUGGUUUUGGCUUGGUUUAUAAGGGUCAAAUAUCCAAUGGGCAGGAGAUCGCUGUGAAAAGACUAUCCAAAAAUUCAGGGCAAGGAAUUGAAGAGUUUAAAAAUGAAGUUAUGUUAAUUGCAAAGCUUCAGCACAAGAAUCUUGUGAAACUCAUAGGAUGUUGCAUUCAGGGAGAAGAACCAAUGCUAGUUUAUGAGUACUUGUCAAACAAAAGCUUGGACUCAAUUCUUUUUGAUGAGACAAAAAGGGGCAUCCUAGAUUGGAGCAAACGGUUUGGUAUUAUCGUUGGAAUAGCUCGUGGAAUUUUAUAUAUUCACCGAGAUUCUAGGUUGAGUAUCAUCCACAGAGAUCUAAAAACUAGCAACAUUCUAUUGGAUGCAGAAAUGAACCCAAAAAUUUCAGAUUUUGGCAUAGCUAGAAUCUUAAAAGGAGAUCAAAUUCAAGAAAAGACAAAAAGAAUUAUUGGAACAUUUGGUUAUAUGUCACCCGAAUAUGUGAUAUUUGGAAAGUUUUCAACAAAAUCUGAUGUUUUUAGUUUUGGAGUCAUAUUAUUAGAGAUCAUUACAGGGAAGAAGAACAAUAGCUAUUAUCAAGAGGAUUCUCAUCUGACCAUGAUAGGGCAUAUAUGGCAUUCAUGGAAAGAAAAUAGACCAUUGGAGAUAGUUGAUUCAUCUUUGAGGGAGUCAUGUCCUCCUCAUGAAGUAUUAAGAUGCAUCCAGAUUGGGUUCUUAUGUGUGCAAGAAGAUGAAUUGGACAGACCAACAAUGUCAACAGUUGUUUUAAUGUUGAACAGUGAAACAACUCUUCCUCCUCCAAAACAGCCUGCAUUCAUUUUGAGAAAGUCUUAUAAUAGUUCUAGCUCAUCAGCAAAAAGGGAUGAAUUUUAUUCUGUGGAUGACAAAACAAUUACUGAAAUUGUAUGUCGCUGAAUACAUUAACUCUCAUUGACCAUACAUAAAUUUUUAGUAUAAUAUGCUUUUUUCUCGACAAGAACAAACUAGAAUCAGAUUGUUUUUCUCUUUUCUUAUAUUGAAUUGAAAUUAAACUA